GCGGGGGUCCGUAAAAGGCGGCGGCGGGGCCACUCCAGCCCCGUAGAGGGACGCGGGCGGGCGGGUGGUGCCGCGGCAUGGCGGAGGGCGGCGAGCCCGUUAUCCUAGAGGACUACCUGCUGGUGCAAGAUGCACCUUUGCUGGAGGAGAUGGCUGAGGAGGAUGAAGAGCUCGACCUCUACAACGAGAUGACUUUUGGGUUAGACCGAGACUCCACUGAGGAAGACAUCACAAAACCCCUGAUGCCUCUGGAGAUGAGCCCUGAGCUGGCUGAAGUGGUGGCAGAGGAGACUGAGGCUGGGGAAGAACUGGAGCCUGAAGUGGCUGAGCAGCCGGAGGAGCUGGGAGAACCCCAGGAGGAAGGUGGGAUGGAGUCAGAGGUUGAGCAGGUUGGCUCUGAGUUGGAGGAAGAGGAGGAGGAGCUGGGGACUGAGGAACAGGAGGAAGACCAGGAGCCCUGCGAGGAGCCCAAUGACCUGGGAGACCCAGCAGUGAUGAGAGUUGUGCAGAGCAAACCCACACUGGAGAGCCAGGACUCAGCGGUGUUGGACAGCAGGAUUGGUGCGUGCUGGGCAGAGUUUGGCAAAGAUGACAUGCUGGCGAUGGAUCCCACGGUGUGGGGCUCUUGCCCCAGCAGCAUUCCGCCCCACCACGUGCUGGAGGAUAAAGCCAUCCUCCAGGUCCUGGAGAGGCCCCCACCAUCCACCAACGUGGCCCUUGACUUCCUUGGCUCCCCCGUGCAGCGGGGCUAUGGGGGCUCUCCGCGGCUCAAGCGCCCUGACUUAAGACUGAUGUCCCCCAAGUCCUUCCCCCAGCACUUUCUCCGGCAGCAGCCGCCGCCGAUGCCUCGCUCCCACUGCUCCACUCGGUCCUUCGUGCCAGCUCGCAGACCCUCUCCACUCUUCAAUUCCAACCAGACCACAGGGUAUGCAUCUCCAACUCCUUUCCGGCCCAUGUCACCCAAAAUCAGCAGCCCACCGCGGCCUCUCAGCAUGCACUUUGGUCCCAUGUCUCCUUCUUUGGACCCUGCUCUCUUUUUCACUCCGUCAGCCAGUGGCCAGCUGAAUCUCAGCCAUAUGACCCAGCUGCACCCCCAGCACCAGCGGAUCCUGACCCAGCGGCAGCAGCACGGCGGGCAGGCACAGAGCAUCUCCCCCAAGAAGGUAUGGUCUCCUAAAGCGGACCCUUAUGCUGGGCUGAUGAGCUCCAAGGAGAAGGACUGGGUCAUCAAAGUGGAGAUGAUCCAGCUGCAGAGUGAGAACAUGGAUGAUGACUACUACUACCAGACGUACUACCACCAGCUGGAGCGCAAACAGGCAGAGGAGGAGCUCCUUGGCAGGCGCAACAAGCAGGAGCCCCCCAAGCUGGUCACACCAUUCAUCCAGAAAGUGGAGACAUACGACUCUGUCGUGCGCAUUGCAGGCUCGCUGGGCCAAGUCGCAGUGUCCACCUGCUACAGCCCUCGCCGGGCCAUCGAUGCUGUGCACCAUGCCCUCGUGGAGGAGGCUGCGGGGAGCCACCGGCUACGGGCGCUGCACAGGAUUGAGAAGCUCUUUCUGCAGCUGCUAGAAGUGGAGGAGAUGCAGCGGAAGAUGUCCCUGGCUCCUGAGGAGGAGCAGCCCUGCUGUCAGGAGCAGAAGAGCCAAGAAGUGGAGCGUAUCUACCAAGUCUUGAAAAUCGGAGCUUGCAGCAGCGAAGAGGAGGCAGAGGAUGAAUUCCUGCAACUCCUGUGUGUGCGGAAGGGCAAGAAGCUCACAGCCCGGCUGCUGCCCCACCUGACCCAGGAGCAAGCGGAGAAGAUACUACUGACCAUCACCCACCAUCUGCCAUUCCUCAUGAAGAAGGACAUGUUAGACGAGUCUCUCUCCCUGCUCUACGGCCCAUUGAACAAAGUGGUGGGCAGGAUGACCUUCAGCAGACUCAUCGAGGUCCUGCAGGAGAUGACCAGGCCUCUGCCUGAGUCCCCUGAGCUCCCCCUCGCCAUGGCCUUGAAGAACCAGUUUGGGAUCUCCUUGCUGUACUCCCUGCUGAGCCACGGCGAGAGGCUGCUGUCCUCCGACGCGCCACUGGAGCCAUGCAGCAGGGACUUCGAGAUGUGGACAGACACGGUGUUCCUGGUUGCCCGGGAGCUGUCGCAAGUGCCCAAGACCUCACUGGUGGAACCUCUCUUCUUGCCCAGCAACCUUCUGUCGCUCUUCUGCCGCUACCUGGACAAGCAGACUAUCCACCAUCUGGAAGCCAAGAUGGAGUGCUCCCCGCUGCCAUCGGAGGCUGCCAUGCCAUGCUGAGCCCUGGGAGCUUGGGAAGGGGAGCCGGGGCUGGUGGUGCUGGGAAUGGGCAGGGCCCAAUGCCCUGAUGUUGAGUUUUGAAGCAAACACUUAACCCUGGUGCAGGACACUCUGGGUGAACUGGGCACUGGCCGGGCCGGUGCUUGAGGGCUGAUGCCGACCUGCCCCGGUGCCCGGGAGCACAGCAUGGGGAGGCGGGUAACUUAUUUUGGCCUCACACCCAGCAGCGGAGAGCGCUGCAUCACGGCGGGUGUGGAGGCAGGGUCUGCACCGGGGCGCUGGGAGCACCUGGGGGUGAGUGACUUCGUGUACAGCAGUUGAAAUAAAAUAAA